CAAACUGAAACACUAUAAAAAGCAAUCCCACGCAAACUUGUGAACUCAUUUGUAUUGACAAGAUGAUUUCGGUAAUCUUAGUUACCUUUUUCGCGUUAUUUACCCAGGAACCCUUUGCGAGUGGCUUCGCUCUGGACCUUCAUUUACCAAAGAGUAACCCGGACGUUGUUUGUAUAAUGGAACACUGCAGGGAAGAAUCGCUGAAUUGCGCUCGGGACUCGGGGUGUCGCACAAAUAUGGAGUGCGUUAUGAAAUGUGGAUUUACCAACAAUUCCUGUCUGUUCGAAUGCAUGAACACAUACGAAGAUGCUAUAUACGACGCCCUAAUGGCGUGUCUCGUCGACGAUCACCAUUGUAUGACGCUGCCGCCACCUGACAAGAAGUUCAAAUGCGACGUUCCGUCAACGUACGCAGCCAAUUUUACGUUACCGCUGUUAAGCGGUACUUGGUACGUUGUUCUCGGUUUUAACAAGGACUAUGACUGUUUUGAUUGCCAGAUCUCGUCCUAUUCUAAAACACCAAACUCUUCAAAUUUUACGUUAACGGAACGUUAUGACGUAAAAAUGCUGAACGGAACACUCCGGCACCGUGCUGCAGUACAGAAAGUAGGGCAACGCAGCCGUUCAAUGGGCGUUCUUGACUUCACCAACAAAAUGAUGGGGCUCACUAUGUACGAACAAUGGAAAGUGCUCGACUAUGCGGUCUCCGGGGACUACGUGGUGCUCCACUACUGCGGUCUAAUGGCGGAGGACUGGCGGUACCAGGGUGGGGUCGUGUACUCCCGCACCCCCGGGCUGACCUCCGCCCAAUGGCAGGGAGUGGAUGACGCUCUCAAGCGAACCCUUGGAACCUCCGUGAAGGACUACUGUCGACCGAAUACAAGCGGCUGUACUGCACCCAUGAGUUAGCUGCAUAUGAUGCACAAUGAUACAUGAAUUUUCUAUUUUAAAGUUAAAUAUUUAGUGUGUUUCCAGUUCAAGUAAAAAAGUGUUCUGUUUGAAAAACAAUAACAACAAAUGAAUGAGUAAUUGUAUUUUGUUUUGAAAAGUAUGAUUAUUACAUUUGAUGUAAAAAUGAUAGCUCAUUCAUGUUUUCGUAUAUAACAAUAACUAAUAUUAAAGUUAUUUUUA